ACUCUUUAUUUGGAUAUGGAUCACGAAAUCGAUUUAUCUGCAUGUGUAUUUAACCUUUCACCCUUUAUGUUAAGAGGACGAGAGAAAGGCUUACUUCCUUAGUUUAAUACCCGAGUUGUUUCUGAAUACUUUCAUUAGACGUAGAGUUCUGCUUCCAGUAGAUAUUUUGCUGUUUAUCCCUGGCUAAUUAUUUGCUGCUGGAGGGUCAGAUUAGGCUUGAUACAUUACAACUAGAAUGUAACUAAAUUUCCAUGAAAUAGGCCCCUAUGGCAGCAGUCAUUCUUUUCAGACAUUCACCACUGUAUAAACCAUGAGAACUGCAAGCUGGUUGUGUUUGACUAAAUUAUACCCAUCCUGGAAAACCUGGGCUUCUGGGAACCAACUAAAAUUUCUAUCCCCGUGGAAUGGUGGCAUUGUAACACAUGCUGUAGGAAAGAAAGACUCUUCUUUUGAUCUGUUGGAUCUUGAUGAGAAAGAUCUGGAAGAACAGUUUGUUCGAGGCCAUGGUCCAGGAGGUCAAGCAACGAAUAAAACCAGUAAUUGUGUUGUGCUAAAGCAUGUUCCUUCUGGAAUAGUUGUCAAGUGCCAUCAAACCAGAUCUGCUGAGCUGAACAGGAAAAAAGCACGAGAGAUUCUUCAGGAAAAAAUAGACAUUUUUUAUAAAGGAGAAGGCAGUGAUAUUCUAAAACACAAAGAAGAUGGAGAGAAAAAAAAGCAAGAAAAGAAGAAAAAAGCAAAAGAACUCUUGGAAAAGAAAAAACAAUUAAAAGAGAUGCACGGUUCUGAAAACAAAUAAUGAACAAACUCUUAACAGAACCUCUCACAUGACCUAUAUUUAAUAAAGUGAUUGUCGUUCUUACAAUAUGAAACAGGUAUUCUAGCAAUUUGACAUAUCUACUGCUGUUGUUGCUGCUGCCGGUUGUAAUACAGAAGCAGAAAACGUGCCACAAAGCUGUUUAGCCUAUGAGGGACCUCCUAGAACCUAUUUGGAGUCAAUUGGUGGACUUUGAAAAAUUAAGUUUUUUUGGGGGGAAAACUUUGAAUAAAAUGCGAUAUUCCUUUGAUUUGUAUUUGGCCGAAUACGGACCUAUUCGACCCAAAAAAAACUUCAACUUCAUUUCGGUUGGUCUUUUUGAAUUCAAAUUUCGAAGUUUUUUUCAAUUCGAAAUUUGGCCCUUGAAUAAAUAUGCCGCUAUGUGUACCAUUCCUAGCCUACUACUAAGCUUUAGUCUCCUUUAAGAUGUUUUAGAACGGAGUGUUAGAUGAUUUUCUGGUGUAAAUAAACAUUUUACUCCACUAAUUCUAUUAUUGGGGUAACCCCCACUUCUGUGUUCCCCCUGGGGCACUUUAUUUCUCUCCCUAAUUAGGAUUUGCACUAGCUAUUUGUCAUUAGUGUUUAUGUUUUAAGGCAGAUAUAAAUGCCUGAUUUAAAACAUAGACACUAAUGAAAACCACUUAGUUGAACUCCUAAUUAGGAAGUUUCAUUACACAGAGAUCUGCAUUGCUCUUUGAUUUUUUUUGUUUAAUUUGUGUGCAUAUACUGGGGCAUUUAGCGAAUGAGCACACUAUUCCAAAUUUCAUUGCCAAGAAACACUUUUAGUGAAAGGACCCUAAGACUAACAUUUAUAAAGCUGUGUAAAAUAUUUGCCUCCAAGAAAGUUUAUAGAAAUAGGUUCAAAAUAAAUUUGGUAUUUAUAA